UCGUUCACAUUCCAGCUUUUUCAAAGGACCCUGCAAAAACCCUUCCUGCCCUCUCCGUCCGUCUUCAGUUCAGAGUUUGCUUUCGAAGUCUUUGCUCUACUCCUUCCCAAUCAAAGUAACCCUAAUAACCUUUGUUAUUGUUUCGUUCUAUGAAAGCCGAAGAGGAAAGAAAUCCAGGCGACAUGGAGGCGGAGGAGGAGGAGGAGGUGAUGGAGGAGGACAACAAUGAAAAGGUUAAUGAAACACAGACCAAAACGAAAAAGCGCAAACGUAAAGCGAUCGCUAUUUUCGGAAAUUACAGAAACUACUAUGGCUACCGCACUAGGGACUUGGAGGAAGAUCCUAGACUGAUGUUGCUAAAGAAGGAAUGGUUUGAAGGCAAGGACUGCCUUGACAUUGGCUGCAAUCAGGGUCUGAUAACUAUCAGUAUCGCCAAGAAGUUUUUUUGCCAAAGCAUCUGUGGAAUAGACAUUGAUUCACAUCUGGUUGAGAGUGCAUAUUGGAACCUCAGAAGGAUUGCCAAAAUGGACAAGGUUAGUUGUGGAUCUUCUAAAGCUAAUAGAUCCAAGCUUUCUGAGGUAGUGAAUGGUUUAGAGCAUAGCAUUACUGAAUCUUUAAAUGUGGAAACAGUGAAUCUUGUAAGAUACUUGAAUCCUUCGCAGGAACCAAAGCUUUUUGAUGUAGUCUCUUUCCGGAAGGAAAAUUUUGUUAGUAGCUGGCAUAACUGCUCAGAGGCAUAUGAUACAAUUCUUUGUUUAAGUGUGACAAAAUGGGUUCAUCUGAACUGGGGCGAUGAUGGAUUGAUUACUUUAUUUGCAAAGAUCUGGAGACUUCUUCGUCCGGGUGGCAUUCUUUUAUUGGAAGCACAGAAUUGGAAAUCAUAUAAAAGCAAUUAUCGGGUAUCUGAGAUUGCGACAUUCAAUUUUCACAACAUUUUGUUACCUCCAUCCGUUUUUCAGGAUAUACUUUUAGACAAGAUUGGAUUUAGGACAGUGGAGAACAUAACUGCCAGUUUACCAGGUGGUACUGGAGGAUUCAACAGACCCAUUUUCGUGUUCUGCAAGUGAUUCAUUUGUUGGAGGGGCACUGGUGAUGCACCUCUUUCUGGCCUAAGAACAGAAGUGGUGCAGGAAUUGCUGGAUCGAUUCUCUGUAGAUGCUAAUUGUUGCUACAGCUGCUAUUCCUACGGUGAAGCUUCUGUUGUGUGAAACCUAAUGGAGAAUGGGACUUCAGAUGUUGCAUGAUCAUGCUGAAAGCAGUACCGAUGCGGUGGAUCUUUCACCCCUCUGGAAAUUUUGUAUAACCAUGAAGAAAGGCUGUUUG